AAGCAGUUUGAUGUAAAGGGGCAAGGAUACAUAAGUAGUUUUUGUUGAGCUUACGUCAAUGCAGCAUGCUAGUUUGAGGUGAUUCAUUAAUUUGAAAUUGAACAGCAAUGUUUACUGCGUAGGAACGAAGGACAAGGAUAGCAGGGUCGAACGAAAAGGCGCACGAAAGGGGGGUCUUUUACCAUGCCUUGUGAGACGUGUCGUGUGGAAUUUACGGUAUUUCGCCGUAAGCGCAGCUGCUUCGAUUGCAGGCGUUACUACUGCAACAAUUGCCUCACUGCAACGAAGCGAUGUCAGAGAUGUGCAAUAUUUGCCAAAAGACCCCUGUUGCGAACCGAUUUGUUGAAACUGAAACCGAAGGAUUUAAUAUUCUUCCUACAGUCCAAACACAUUUCUACGGAGGGCUGUUUGGAAAAAGAAGAACUAGUCGGGCUCGUGAUGAAUCAUGUCGCCCAAAUAGAUCGUGACAGUUUUUGUUCCCCCAAUUCCCCGAAUAGUCCCGGUCGGGGUCAAUCCAAUCCCAUUGACAACCUGAAACAGACGUGCCAAAAUUUCUUCACCAACCUGAGCGACAAUUUAAGUGAUUCCUUUGCGUCUUUCGACACAAAGCCGACGUCGAAAGCGGAAGGCAAUAGCCGUGCAAACAGUCGUCAUACCUCCAACGACAAUGGACCUUCGCAUAUAUUUGAACAGCCUCGUGUCUCUACGCGUGAGAUUCCAACUUAUGCCAGUGCUACUAAUACAUCGUUUUUCGCUGCACCUGUUAGUAACACCUCGGCUGAACGUGUUCAUGUGCAUGUUAGUGAUUUAAGCAACAGCAGCAGCAACACCCCCACGACCUCUAGUGCAGCAGCAACACCAAAUACCUUAACGUCGCCAACGACAGCACAAGCAGCCACUAGUGGGAAUCCUGCCACAACAACUCAUAAUGGUGCGGAGGCAGCUAAGCAUAAAAAUAACGAUUUGGAUGGAUCAGAUUGCGAGUGCUCAGAUGAUGAAAUCAUUGCCACUUUCAGCGAGCGCUUGUCGCUCAAAACGGACAACAGUGGUCAGGUAAGCCUCAGUAAACCUCCGGCGGAGCCAAAUUCAGCUGGCCUGGGACCAUCGACCACAACGACAACCAACACUAGUCCAGGCUAUUCCAAACAUGGCUCCCUAAGCUCUAAAGUGGACGCAUGUGGUGCCGAUGUUUCAUCGCAAUCCAGCUUUGAAGAACUAGGUGCUAUUGGUGGCAUUUCCGAUGAAAGCAAGGCGGCAACAGAUACGAACAGCAGCAACUUGGAUCAGUGGCAAGUGCUCGAGGUCGGUCGGAACGAGCAUAUUGAUACUUCGGCAGCAGCUGCAGACGCUCCCCAUCUGAGCCUGAAUAUACCAACGGAAAAUGGCCCAGAGGAAAUAUUAGAGGUGACAGUACGCGCUGGAGAGCAGGGACAGACUUCAACACAGACGCUAAAUAUCGAACAACGCAAUGUACCGAGUGGGUCAGUAUACCAACAAUCAUCAUAUGCCGACGCACCGCAUGGACGCACAAAAAAGGUGAUCAGACGUCGAUCCGAUGGAUGCUUGAAUCGUCGGCAUCAUUCCAGCGAUGAUGAGUCGCCCGUCGCUAUCCAGAAUAUCGUUUUGGCCACGUUGAGUGAACAGCCAGAGGCGGGAACUCUUGCUGAGACACAGGAAAAUCGAAAUAGCUGUCAGCGCUGUGGUAAAAAUAAAACUAGCAUCAAGCGUCAUGUAGAGCGCAUGCGACGGCAUUUGGAGAGUUCACAAAUGUCGGAGGAGGAUAUUAAGCGCGAACUGCAGGAAUUUCUUUGCUACUUGGAACAGCGUACGAAAUCUGUUGACUGCUCGGAUGCUGAAAGUCACGCGCUGUCGCCGCUAAGUGUGGAGAUUGAUAGCGUCGCAGGAAGCGGUGCGGGUGCCAGGGGCAGUGCCCUCGGCAUGCCGAUAACGCCCACGAUUGAAUUUUCGCCGACAAACGAUGAUUCGCAUUGGGAUGAUGAUGAGGGCAUACAUGUGUAUGCAGCGCCACUGGGUUUUGAGCCUUCAGCUUGCAUAGACUCGCGCUUUAUUAACUUGCAAGACUUUGAGGAUAUAAAAGACUUGGAGAAUUUAACGGUGAAACAAUUAAAAGAGGUGCUAAUGUUGCAUCGUGUUGACUACAAAGGCUGCUGCGAAAAACAGGAACUGCUGGAUCGCGUGACCAGACUAUGGAAGAAUAUGCACUCAACACCAGCCGUUGAGAAACUUCCUACUGAUGAGCUUUGUAAAAUAUGCAUGGAUGCGCCCAUUGAGUGCGUAUUUUUGGAGUGCGGACAUAUGGCCACAUGUACCAGCUGUGGCAAGCAGUGCCCCGAGUGUCCAAUUUGUCGACAAUAUGUUGUAAGAGUUGUAAGAUUCUUUAGAGCAUAAGCUCGUUUUUAGGUUCGUUUGUGGUGGCCCAAUAUUAAUAUAAAUAGGAUGUGGCUUAUG